GCAGUGUUGGUAGCAGCUCUGUCUAAACUGCAGCAUCGUAGUUUCUCGAGUGUUUGGGAUCUCAGCUCUGGAGUGAGAGAGUGAGACUGAGCUGCUGUAGUGAACCAGGACAGCACUGAUCUGUGAGUGUGGAAGAGUGUCUCAGUGGAAGUGUAUCUGUGAGUGGAUCUUUGUGUGUGCUUGUGUGUGUGUGCGUGUGUGUGUGUGAGUGGAUCUCUGUGUGUGUCCAUGUGCGUGUGUGAGCGUAUCUCUGUGUGUGUGUGUGCGUGUGUGUGUAGGGGUGCAGGGUGUUUUUGGGGUGCCUCGCUCCUGCUCUCUCAGCUGUAUGGAACUCCAGCUGCUGUUACUCUCUAUGAAGCGCUUCUGCCCGUGUCUCGGCGCCCUCGCGGGUCAGGACUGGAGUAAGAGUGAUGAGAAGCUGCUGCAGGCCGUGGAGCUCAAUGACCCCGAGAGAGUCGCUGCGCUGAUCCUGAAGAAGGGCCUGACCCCGACCAAGCUGGACCCAGAGGGCAAGUCAGCGUUCCAUGCCAGUGCGAUGCGGGGCAGUGUGGAGUGUCUGGAGGUGAUGCUGGCACACGGGGUGGACAUCACCUUGACCGACGGGGCAGGGUUCAAUGCUCUGCACCUGGCAGCGAGGCACGGCCACCCAGAGUGUGUGAAGAGAUUGCUGCAGGAGAAGGUCUCAGUUGAUGGGACAGACAGCUAUGGGAGGACAGCUCUGCACCACGCAGCGGUCAGCGGCUGUAUCUCCUGCAUGGAGACACUCUGGAACUUUAAGGCGUGUCUGAACUGCAGGGACGGGGACGGGUCGACGCCUCUGAUUCUGGCGGCCCAGAUGAGCCGGGUCGAGCUGUGCCGGUUCCUGAUCCAGAGGGGAGCCGAGACGGACGCCCGCGACGCGCAGGGGAGGACGGCUCUCAUGCUGGCGUGUGAGAGUGACAGCGUGGAGACGGUGGAGGUGCUGCUGAGGGGCGGGGCUAACAUCAACAUAGCCGACGCCCUCGGACACAGCGCCGCCCACUACAGCAUGGCAACAGGAAAUGAGGUCAUCAUGAACAUGCUGCACUCCGCCCCCAACCGCACAUCCAGGACCAGCGCUGUGGAUUCGGGGGACAGUGAGCAGCCCCCGCCGGCACCCCCCCUGCCUGGGACAGGGAAGACAGGAACCCCCCGCAAGAGAAGAGCCCCCCCUCCACCCAGCACUGCAGCACAGGGCUCGCCCCUAUCCCCUGAUUCUCCAGCACAGUCCCCCGAGAGAGACUGCCCCCCUCAGGCUGGGAGGGGGGAGGAUGAGGAGGUGUUCGAGGAGAUUCGAAGGCUGAGGCAGGAGCGACGACGUCUCCUCCAGAAGAUCAAGAGUCUGGAGCAGCUCUCCCAGUCCGCCCAGCAGCAGGCAAGCACUGCCGCAGUGCUGGAGGAGGAGCUCCACUCCCUGCGUGAGAGGCUGGAGCAGAAGGAGAGGGAGAACGAGGGCCUGUGUGCUGAGAUGUCGGAGCUGCGAGGGAGGGUGAGCCUGUCCCAGCGCACAGAGAGCGAGACUGAGACAGCCAGCCAGACGGACACAGAGACAGACCACCAGGGCCAGGACAUGGAGGAGCUCUUUGAGUUCCCAGGUGCGGAGCAGCUGCUGUCCACACGGUCCCGCGGCUCUGAGGAGGACCUGCUGUCCACGCUGCAGAGACAAGUGGACACCCUGACACAGCAGAACAGGGAGCUAGAGGAGAAGGUGCAGAUGCUGGAGACCUACGAGAAUGAUGGCACUGAGAUAGAGAGCCAGGACUUCAUCCCAGUCCUCCUGUACGACUCCCUGAAGUCGGAGCUCGACAGGCUGCAAGAGCGCUACUCCCAGGCCCAGGCUGAGGCUGAGGCCUGCAGAGAGAGGCAGGAGAGGGAGGAGGCAGAGAGGGGCAGGUGCGAGGCACAGAUAGAGAGGCUGGAGGCUGAACUGGAGGAGAGCAGGGAGAGGGUGAGACCUGGGGAGAGCGCUGGAGAAGAACCCGGGGGCAAGACCCUGGAGGAAAUGGCCAAGGAGCUCCGAGAGCUGGAGGCCAAGCACAGGGAGACUCUGGACAAGGUUGAGGGGCUUCAAGAGCAGGUGAGAUUGGGGAUCUAUUCGGUGGAGGAGAAUGUGCAGGCCAUGCCUAGCAACAAGGACUCGCCUAGCAACGAGGACAUGACUAGUAACGCCGAGGCCAGCUCCAAUACUGAGAGCCUGGGGCUGGAGUUGAAGGAGGCCCGGCAGGAGGCUGCGGAGGCCGGAGAGGCUCUGAGGCAGAGGGCGGAGGCGGUGAAGGAGCUGGAAGCCCGGGUUCAGCAGCUGCAGGACUCGCUGGCUCACAGAGUCUCGCUGGAGGAGUUCCAGGAGAUGAGGCUGGGGUUGAGUAUCCAGCUGGAGGAGAUCUCCAGGGAGAGGGCAGAGCUAGCGGAGAAGCACAACCAGGCCCUGCUGGAGAUCGAGAGGAUCCGCGGGCCAGAGAAAGGAGGAGAGGAGGAGGAGGAGGAGGAGGAGAGAGGGGAGAGGCAGGAGGCCAACGCUGAGGUCCCCGGUGUGGAGGCCGCUCCCCUGGAGGCUGAGCUGAGUCAUGCGAGGCAGGCUCUGAGCGAGGCGGUGGAGAGACUGGAGGCAGAGCGGGUGGAGCGAGCCCAGGAGGAGAGCUCUCUGAGGGGGCAGCAGGAGGAGCUGCGAGCCUCCCUCUCUGCUCAGAGGGAGCAGGACCAGCACGCCCUGCAGGAGCUGAGAGCACAGCUGGGGGCAGCGCAGCAGGAGAGUGCCAGGCUGCGGGCCGAGCUGGAGGUCCUCAAACAGGAGGCAGUGUCUCAUGAGGAACAGCUGCAGGUCAAGGACUCUGAGCUGGCUGCACUGAGGCAGCAGAAGGAGGGCAGUGUCUCUCAGGAGCAGCUUGAGGAGCAGCGGUGCUCCAUGCAGGUGGAGAUCAACACUCUCACUGCCAAGCUGAGCACCCUGACACGCCAACACGAGAAGACCUGCACUGAGGUGUUCCAGGUGCAGAGGGAGGCUCUCUUCAUGAAGAGUGAGAAGCACAGUGCUGAGGCUGCGCUGGCUGCCGUGGAGAAGCAGCUGCAGGAGCUGAGAGCCGAGUCGGGCCGCGUGCAGGAGCUGCACCAGCGUAUUGAGGAGUCCAGCAGCCUGGUCCGGGAGAGGGACCACAAGAUCACAGAGCUGUCGAAGGAGGUGUUCAGACUGAAGGAGGCUCUGGGGACCCUGUCUCAGCCACUGGCCCCCCCCUCCAGACCUGCCCCCUCCCCGGCCAGCCCCACCCCCGGCCAGCUGGAGGCGCUGCGGAGCCAGGUCACCACGUUGCAGCAGCAGAUACAGGUGGGAGAGACGCGGGACUGGGAGAAGAAGCACUUGUCAGUGGUGUCUGUCUAUCGCUCUCACCUGCUCUGCGCUGUCCAGGGGCGCAUGGAUGAGGAGGUGCAGGGGCUCCUGCUGCAAAUACUGAGGAUGCACCAGCAGAGCAGCACCUGAGAAAGAGAGGGCUCCCCGACACUGCACGCGAAGCCAGGGCGCCCCGACACUGCACACCGGACAAGCACGUGGGGGAGACCAGCACUGCCUCCACAAAUGAAUUGGGUCAAUUAUAUUUUAGUUUUUUCAAGUGACAAUUCCUGCAUGCACGAGGCCUGCCUGGAACCCGCCCCCUUUGCUCUCAUAUUUAGUUUCACAGACUGUUUGAAAACAACAGGAAAUUCCGGAAGCCCGGAGAAGCGCUCCACCUCUCUUUGUCCUGGAACGGUUUCCUCGGCCGAGCCCAGCGGGACUCCAGAGGACGUUGGGCAGAAUUCCUGGAAAUCAGAUCAGAAUGAAACAAUUUCACUUUCGCUCAAUCAAGGCCAGAGCCCCGCAGGAGCCUGACUCCCAGCAGAAUAUAACGCUCUCUGUUUCUGUGAUGAGAAGAGGAGUGACAUCGAGGCCAUCAAUCAGGGACGAGCCCUGACACAGGAACACGCGGGACUCCUGCAAUGUGUUCUGUGAACACGGCCGAACCACGAAUGAACCAGACGAGCGACUCAGCGACUUGUCCCGAGUGCUGCCGUUCAUUUCAUUGUGUUUGCUUGUUUCAUUCCUCUGUGUGUUUGUGUAUUUACUUUGCUUCACAAUAAAAUUCUUCAGC